AGAGGCGAUGGAGAAGGAGAGAGAGCAACAGGUUUACUUGGCGAGACUAGCGGAGCAGGCCGAGAGAUACGAUGUGUUUCACCAAUUGUUUCCCUACUGAGUUUUUGGCCAAUGAAUCAAGCAUAAGCUAAGAGGAAGUAAGCUGUUACAGGCUGAUGAAUUCUUAUAAGUAAAGUUCAGAGUAAGGAAGCAGUUGAGUGCUGAGAGGAAAACGUUUCGUUGCUUACUUGAUCGUAAGUUAUUUCACGGUAGAUGAUGGGAAAGAACAAUUCAGAAAAGUGCGCCGGGUGAUUUCAUUUCCGUUUAAAACAGGACAAGUAAUAGGUUUGGAGAAUACUAAUACAGAUGUUUGUCAAGAAAGCUACGGGAAAUAUAUAUCUCUCUCAGUAUUUUUCCUUCACUUAUAUAUUUCCAGAACUAAAAGAGGCCUUGAUGAUGAGCCGCGGUUUCGUUAACGUAUGACAUGAGUUGAUGCGGAUGUUCGCAAGACGCGUACGAGAUGGUUGAAGCAAUGAAGAAAGUCGCUAAAUUGGAUGUGGAAUUGACAGUCGAGGAAAGGAACCUGGUGUCUGUUGGGUAUAAGAAUGUUAUUGGGGCAAGGAGGGCAUCAUGGCGGAUAUUAUCUUCCAUUGAACAGAAGGAGGAGGCCAAAGGGAAGGAACACAAUGUGAAGAGGAUAAAAGAGUACAGGCAGAGAGUUGAAGAUGAACUUGCAAAGAUCUGCAACGACAUAUUAGCAGUCAUUGAUUACCACCUCCUUCCAUCUUCCUCAACUGGGGAAUCAACUGUUUUUUACUACAAGAUGAAAGGAGACUACUAUCGAUAUUUAGCUGAGUUUAAAGCGGGUGAGGGACGUAAGGAAGCUGCAGAUCAGUCACUGAAAGCAUAUGAGGCUGCUACUAGUACUGCUGCUUCUGAUUUGCCUCCAACUCAUCCAAUCAGACUUGGCCUGGCCCUGAACUUCUCUGUUUUUCACUACGAGAUCUUGAACUCCACUGAGAGGGCCUGCCACCUUGCAAAGCAAGCUUUCGAUGAGGCUAUUGCUGAACUUGAUAGUCUUAACGAAGAAUCCUACAAGGACAGUACCCUUAUUAUGCAGCUACUUAGGGACAACCUUACGUUAUGGACCUCAGAUCUGCCAGAUCAGGGAGGCGAACAAUUCAAAGUUGAUGAAACUCCAGUAGAGAGUUAAUCCAGCAAGAGAUUCUUUGAUCCAUCAAGAGUGGAAAAAAUGAUAGGAUGUGUUCAGGACUUUUAUUUGCAGUGGUAGGACCAGGAUUUGUGACUAUGGCUUGUAUUCCUAUCUUAUACCAUGUCUGCUACAUUUAUGAUUGUGAUGGCGAUUUCUUACCGCAUUGCCCCUGAUUGAACUUCAUUUGCUGGCUGUUAGCUACUUAGUUUUCCGUUUGAAUAAAGUUUUCCUCCAAUCAAGUUUAUGAAA